ACCAACCAUUCAAGUAAGCCAUGAUGUCACAGGGAGUAAAAAAGAGAUUUUGGAAAGACAACGAGAGGAUCGCGCACCGGUUUAUGUUUGCUUGCCUUCUCCUGGCUUCGCCGUGCACGUGCUUCCUCCCCAACUUUUGGUCGCGGGUGCUGACGCUGUCCUGGGACUCCUACACCCACCAAUACAUCACUGAGCAGGCCAUCCUUAAUGUAACCCUGGACACUCUGCAACAGCACCAGGGCCACCGUGCUGAGGAAGAGACCAGGCUGGGACGAAGCUUCUGGAGGGCCGUGGGGGAAGUGGUUCACUCCAAUGCUGAAAUGGACUUCCUGAGCUCCACGAGGUCCGACCCCGUGUAUCAUUUUGAUUCUGAGCGUGUUGAUAGUGCCGUGGCAAUGCUGCGCAGGUUCUGGGCUCAAACUUUGCUUUCAGUGAGGGCCAAUGAGUACCAAAGUGCUCUUCACAGCUUGGGACAACUAUUUCACUCCCUGCAGGACUUCUACAGUCACAGUAAUUGGGUGGAAAUGGGUCAGCGGUCCAUUUACCUCCACUUGCUACACCCUGAGGAGCCAGCCGUCCCUGUGGCUGAAGAUAACACCCCUACCUGUAUGGAGUGCUUCAGCGCUACGUGUCGAGACAACCUUCUCCCGAGACUGACGAGCAGACAGAGGGACGUCCAGCUGCUUACAACUGGCUACUUCAGCACCUUCCCUCCAAAACCUGAAGGAAAAUGCAGUCAUGGAGGAAUGCUGGACAGCAGCCGCUCUAUAGGGGCCAAAGGGGGCAUCAACAAAGACAGUACAUCACCUCUCUUCUCCCCUCAUCAUUUCCUCCACGUGGAAGCAGCCAAGCUGGCCUCCGACGCCACGCUGACUGUCUUGAGAGAUCUGAGGAACACAGUGGGCCACAAAACCUUUCUUAGGCUUUUCAGCGUGAAGCAGGUGCCUGCUCUGGUCUUUGUCAUGGACACCACGGGGAGCAUGUUUGAGGAAAUCACGGCGGCUCGACUGCGGGCUCACGCCAUAAUCCGGAACCGAGCUGACCUCCCCGGGCAACCUGGAAGUUUCUUGUUGGUACCCUUCCAUGACCCCCAAGUUGGCCCGGUAUAUGAAACGGAUGACCCGGACCAGUUUAUGGAGCACAUGGAGAACCUGAUGGCCCUUGGAGGAGGAGAUGAACCAGAGAUGUGCUUGACAGCCAUUCAGCUCGCCCUCACUCACAGCCCACCCAUGUCGGAGAUCUUUGUGUUCACCGAUGCCUCUCCCAAGGAUGCCCACAUGUUUGACGUGGUGAAGGGCCUCACGCUUGCCAAACAGAGCAAGGUGACAUUUCUCCUCACAGAAGACCCAAAUUACACCAUAGCAAGAAAGGGGUCAAAGAGGAGAAAGAGGAGCAGACAACCUUUGCCCCCUGAUCGCUUCUCCCUCUAUUCUGCGCUGUCAUCCUUGUCGGGAGGACUGACGAUAUUCACCAGCAACUCUGACAUCCACAGUGUCUCCUCCAUAGUGGAGGACAACACAGCAGCAGCAAAGGUGACUCUCCUCCAUGUCGAGAGAGAUCAGGAGCAGAUGUCCUUGCAUUCCUUCAGGGUCGACAGCACCGUUAAUGCCGUCACUGUUCACAUCACUGGUUCACUGAGCCACUGCUUCCUUGUUGAUCCUUCAGGCCAAACUCAGUCUCUUCUGAGUGAGCAAGGCUCUCUCGCUUCUCUGGAGCACUUCAACGGUCUGUAUCGUGUUCGUCUUCUGUCUCCUAUCCAGCCGGGCCAGUGGUACCUGCAUGCCCAGGCCGACGGACAUGUCGCGUUCAACGUAAUCGCUGAUAGCAGUGUGGAUUUCCUCUAUUAUUUUGCCACUGUAACCAAUGAGACACACCCUGGAUUGGCUAAAGUAGAGGGCAGUCCUUUGGCAGGUGUCCCCACCUUACUUGUGCUGGCUGUGACUGGCCUGUCUCCUCAUGACGAAGAGGUCUCCUUCAGUCAUGUGACGCUGCUGGGAGCAGAAGGGGAGAGCCUCAAGAAAGUUUUGCUCAACUCCUCCUCUUCGCCCUCCGUGUCGUCAAGCUACACCGCUGUGGAUCUGAUUGGCUGGGUGGACUCCGUUCCCAGAGCGCCCUUUUGCGUCCGACUCACAGGCCGAGACGGCAGAGGAAAUAAACUGGAGAGGGUCGCCACGGAGAUGGUGCAGCCCACUCGUGUUCAGAUACAGGUCCUAUCCACACCCCCUCUGGUACCUGGUCACAGCUCCACUGUGGACUUGAACAUUCUGAACCAUGGUCCGGACAGACUCUUCACUCUGACAGCUGAGGAUGAUGCAGGAUAUCUUCAUACGAAAGGACCUCACAGGUUCCAUGUUGAAGCCCACAAUCUUUUCCAUAGUCAGGUGGGACUUCACACGCCUGCCUCAGCUCAGGCUGGAGCUACAGUCACGCUUACACUGUCAGUGCACGCUCUUGACUCUGCAGACACGAACUACGCGGUGGCCUACCUAACAGUGGUCCCACCUGACCUUGACACAUCUCCUCCAUCCUGCUCGACCACCCGCCUGCAGUCCUCCUGUUCUCCAGCAUGCAAUGAGUCCACCUGGAACGUGUCACUGGCUGUGUGGGACCGGGGGCGCUCUGGUCUGGCUGCUCUCCAACUACACAAGGGACAAGGCACUUUGACUUUACUCCCACUGCCCGUAGGGGACAAACCGGGUGAGACUCAUCCGGAGCAGCAUGUCCGACACAAGGCCACAUUAGUGGAGAGAGACCCUCCUUUGAACGUGUCCGGGUGGGGGCUGGGUUCAUCGGAGCCCCUGUGGGUGAGCUACACUUCCAGCUGUUGCUCGGCCCAGGCUGAGCUGCUGGUGUGGGACACUGUUGGGAACUUGAAGCGCUGCCACCUUGCAUCUGGUCAGCAGAGGCAACUGAGUGACACAAGGACAGAAAAUAGUGGAGGUAGGCAUGUGAUGCCCAAUGGUUUCUCUUUUUUAGUGUUGAUUCUGCUAUGCUGCAACAUCAACACAUCAGUACCAAUUCAUCAAACAGUUUUCUUUUAUGAUACACAUUUGACACAUCAGCAUUCCAAUCAAUUUAUGGUAUCGAGCUAUCCUUUGUUCCAAGACAAAUGCUCCUCAUCCUUUUGA